AUGGCCCGAGGGGUGCGCGCGCUCCUGCUGCUCCUGAGCCUGCUGCACUGGGCCGGGGGCGGCGAGGGCAGGAAGACCUGGCGGCGCCGCGGCCAGCAGCCGCCCCCGCCGCAGACCGAGGCGGCUCCGGGGCCGGGGCAGCCGGUGGAGAGCUUCCCUCUGGACUUCACGGCGGUGGAGGGCAACAUGGACAGCUUCAUGGCGCAGGUCAAGAGCCUGGCACAGUCCCUGUACCCCUGCUCCGCACAGCAGCUGAACGAGGACCUGCGCCUGCACCUCCUGCACAACGCGUCGGUGACUUGCAACGACGGCAGCCCUGCCGGCUACUACCUGAAGGAGUCCAAGGGCAGCCGGCGGUGGCUGCUCUUUCUGGAAGGUGGCUGGUACUGCUUCAGCCGCGAGAGCUGCGACUCCAGGUACGACUCCAUACGGCGCCUCAUGAGCUCCAAGGACUGGCCGCGCGCCUAUACAGGCACGGGCAUCCUUUCCUCACAGCCGGAGGAGAACCCGCAUUGGUGGAAUGCCAACAUGGUCUUCAUCCCCUACUGCUCCAGUGACGUUUGGAGCGGGGCUUCCCCCAAGUCAGAGAAAAGUGGAUACGCUUUCAUGGGCACCAUCAUCAUCCAGGAGGUCGUGCGGGAGCUGCUGGGCAGAGGGCUCAGCGGGGCCAAGGUGCUGCUGCUGGCCGGGAGCAGCGCUGGCGGCAUCGGGGUGCUGCUCAAUGUGGACCGUGUGGCCGAGCAGCUGGAGGCGCUGGGCCACACGUCCAUCCAGGUGCGGGGCCUGGCCGACUCGGGCUGGUUCCUGGACAACAAGCAGUAUCGCCACACGGGCUGUGUGGACACCAUGACCUGCGCGCCCACCGAGGCCAUCCGCAGGGGCAUCAGGUACUGGAACGGGGUCGUCCCGGAACGCUGCCGGCGCCAGUUCAAGGAGGGCGAGGAGUGGAACUGCUUCUUUGGCUACAAGAUUUACCCCACGCUGCGCUCCCCCGUGUUCGUGGUGCAGUGGCUCUUUGACGAGGCCCAGCUGACCGUGGACAACGUGCACCUCACGGGGCAGCCGCUGCAAGAGGGCCAGUGGCUGUACAUCCAGACCCUGGGCCGCGAGCUGCGCGAGACGCUGCGAGACGUGCCGGCCGUCUUCGCCCCGGCUUGCCUGUCCCAUGAGGUCGUCCAGAACAGCCACUGGACCGAGGUGCAGGUGAAGGGCACCUCGCUGCCUCGCGCGCUGCAUUGCUGGGACCGGAGCUUCCAGGACAGCCACAAGGCCAGCCGAGCGCCUCUGAAGGGAUGCCCCAUCCACCUGGUGGACAGCUGCCCCUGGCCUCAGUGCAACCCCUCCUGCCCCAGCGCCCGGGACCAGUUCACGGGGCAGGAGAUGCCGCUGGCCCAGCAGCAGGGCCUGGAGCCCGGCAAGCUGUUGGGGAUACGGGGCGGCUCCAGCUAG